AUGGCUGACGAAAAGGGCCCCGUGGGCGCGACAGAGCCGGCCGAGCCGCACUAUGAGGCGGCGCGCGAGUCGACGCCCGUCGAUGAGCUGCACAUCCGCGAGGACGGCCAGCUCGACCUGCCGCGCGGCUGGAAGUACAAGCGCAUCCGCUUCCUCGGCAUGGAGACGUGGUACGCCUCGCCCAAGGUCCAGCUGGGCCUGGUGUCCUUUGUGUGCUUCAUGUGCCCGGGCAUGUUCAACGCCCUGGGUGGUCUGGGAGGUGGUGGCAAGACCGACGCCACCCUCGCCGACAACAUGAACACGGCCCUGUACAGCGCCUUUGCCGUCUUUGGCUUCUUUGGCGGCACCUUCAUCAACAAGCUCGGUGUCAAGUGGACGCUUGCCUUUGGCGGCAUCGGCUACUGCAUCUACGCCAUCAGCCUGCUCGUCUCCGUCCACGCCAGCGUCAGCGGCUUCAACCUCUUCGCCGGCGUCUUCCUGGGUAUCUGCGCCGGUCUGCUGUGGACGGCGCAGGGCACCAUCAUGAUCUCGUACCCCAAUGAGGAGCAAAAGGGCCGCUACUUUGCCUGGUUCUGGGGCAUCUUCAACUGCGGCGCCGUGCUCGGCAGCUUGAUCCCGCUCGGUGAGAACAUGCACACCAAGGGCAACGUCACCGUCACCGACGGCACGUACAUUGGCUUCAUCGUGCUCAUGUUCUGCGGUGCCGUGCUCGCCCUCAUGCUCUGCAACGCCAGCGACAUCAUCCGCCCCGACGGCACGCGCGUCAUUCUCAUGAAGCAGCCCACCUGGCAGACGGAGCUGUGGGGUCUCUGGGAGACGCUGCGCUUCGAGCCCUUUGUCGUCCUCCUGUUCCCCAUGUUCUUCGUGUCCAACUGGUUCUACGUCUACCAGCAGAACGCCGUCAACGGCGCGUGGUUCUCCACCCGCACCAAGGCCCUCAACGGUCUGCUCUACUGGCUGGCCCAGAUCAUCGCCGCCGCCAUCUGGGGCUACCUCCUCGACGUCCAGAACGUGAGCCGCUCGCUCCGCGCCAAGAUCACCUGGGUCGUCCUCUUCGUCCUCACCUUUGCCAUCUGGGGCGGCGGCUAUGCUUUCGAGAAGGGCUACACCCGCGAGAGCGUCGACCCCAAGCUCAACCCCGACUUUGAGCCCAUGGACUGGACGACCCCUGGCUACGUCGGCCCCAUGUUCCUCUACAUCUUUUACGGCUUCUACGAUGCCGCCUGGCAGGCCAGCGUCUACUGGUUCAUGGGCGCCUUGUCCAACUCCGGCCGUCGCUCCGCCAACUACGUCGGUUUCUACAAGGGCAUCCAGAGCGUCGGUGCCGCCGUGGUGAACAACCUGGACGCCCGCAAGCUGUCCUUCAAGGCCGAGUUCAUCAGCAACUGGGCCCUGCUGGGCUCGUCGCUGGUGGUAGCCGCGCCCGUCAUCCUCUUCAAGAUCCGCGACCACGUCGACGUCGAGGACGAUCUCAAGGGCACGGACGAGACCGUGGCGGACGUCCUGCCGCAGGGCCACCCGGAGAAGGCGAUUGCUUAA